GUAGCUUGUGUAUGCAACCAUGGAGGAAAGCUGAUUUGUCUCACACACAGAAGCGAAAGUGGAGUAUGCGUGCACAUCCACUAUAUCCGCACUUAGAGGAACCACUUCACAAACUGCGCCCUCUUCCACUUUGGGACAUUUCUGAGUGUUUCAUGAAGAACUAGAACUUGUUUUGGGACGUGUAAUGACGUCUCGGUGAUUAUUCUACCCCGAGCAAAUCUGCAGAACUCUUGCUGAGAAGUUCGUCUUGGUGUGUGGCCACCGGGGAGAUUUUUUUGUUUGUUUGUUUGUUUUUGGUUGUGGUCUGUCACUUGCGAGUGUCGAUGAAUCUCGAUAGCAUUAAACAUCCCACAAUUCUUUCGACAUUGUUUAAAAUGGCAGAUGAUAAUGAACUUAUCGGGGCUUCAGAAUUUAUUAAAGAUCGAUUGUAUUUUGCAACCCUAAGAAACAAGCCAAAAAGUACAGUAAACACGCAUUAUCUCUGCACAGAUGACGAAUUUGUCUAUGAAAACUUUUAUGCAGACUUUGGACCUCUCAACUUGGCAAUGUUAUACAGAUACUGCUGUAAACUGAACAAGAAACUCAAAAAGAUGUGUAGUUCCUUGGCUUGUACUGUAUUAAGAAUGCUGAAGUCUUUUACAUUGUCAAGAAAGAGGAUUGUGCAUUACACCAGCUUCGACCAACGCAAAAGAGCAAAUGCUGCAGUUUUAAUUGGUGCCUAUGCUGUUAUAUAUUUAAAGAAGACUCCAGAGGAAGCUUACAGAGUGCUGGUCUCUGGAUCCAACGCAUCAUAUCUGCCAUUCAGGGAUGCUUCCUUUGGAAAUUGCACAUACAACCUGACCGUUCUUGAUUGUUUACAAGGAGUCAGAAAGGCCCUACAGCACGGCUUCUUUGAUUUUGAAACAUUUGAUGUGGAUGAAUAUGAGCAUUAUGAACGUGUAGAAAACGGAGAUUUCAACUGGAUUGUACCGGGGAAGUUCUUGGCUUUUAGUGGACCUCACCCUAAAAGCAAAGUUGAACAUGGGUACCCCCUCCAUGCUCCUGAAGCCUACUUUCCCUACUUCCGAAAGCAUAACGUCACCACCAUCAUCCGGCUGAACAAGAAGAUUUAUGACGCCAGUCGCUUUACAGAUGCAGGAUUUGACCACUAUGACCUGUUCUUCGUUGACGGGAGUACGCCCAGCGAUGUCAUCGUGAGAAGGUUUUUACACAUCUGUGAAAGUACGGAUGGUGCUGUUGCAGUACAUUGUAAAGCUGGCUUGGGGAGAACAGGGACAUUAAUAGCUUGCUAUCUAAUGAAGCACUACAAGUUCACAGCCACAGAGGCCAUAGCAUGGAUCAGGAUAUGUCGACCCGGGUCUAUCAUUGGACCACAGCAGCACUUUCUAGAGGAGAAACAAGCCAGCCUCUGCAUCCAGGGAGACGUCCACAGGUCCAAACAGAAGCAGAGGCCGCUGGAUGCGGGCAGGGUCUCCAACAUCAUAUCCAGCAUGGACGACAUCUCCAUCAGCGGGACCCUUCACAAAACACAGAGCAUGGACCGGGUGCAAGAGAAUGAAUUUGUCGAGGACGGGGUUUCAAUGACCCAAGGAGACAAACUUCGUGCCUUAAAAAGUACAAGACAACCCCGAUCAGCCACAACUGGUGCAGUAAGGUUAGACGAUAUGAAAAUGCAUACUCGGUCUCCCUCGCAGCCCUUCAGACUCAAUACCUCCACUAGUGCCCUGGGUUCCACGUCUCCUCUCAAGUCUUCCAGAGUCCCAGCCUCCAGCUCAGCCUCUGCUAAGAGAAUAAGCAGAAGCACGACUGCAGGAUCCAACCUGAAAAGCUUCUCCAUAAACUCCAGUCUAGCCAGUUCCCUAGGUAACAUCUAUGCUGCUGACGAUGACUCGGGGAGUAAAAUGACCGCGUCCACUUCUUCUUCAUCAUCACCAUCUUCCGCUACUAGGACGGGUUUCCCCACUAGCCAUUCCAGUUUUUCAAAUGGCAGCUCUCAGGCAGUUGCUAGUCAUUAUCACGAUCUGAACAACAACCACUACAAUCGUUCCACCACCAGCAGCACCAGCAAAUGUGGCCUCAACCACUACGGCCAGCACCAUUACCCCUCUAGCAGGCAGCUAGACGAAUACGGCAACUACCGCUCCACGAACAUUGGCCUGCGUUCUUCUACAGCCCGAUACUUGAGUCGCUCGAUCCCUUCCCUUCAGUCUGUUCAGUACUAAAGCUUCUCUACUGCGCUGAAGUCAAAGCGAAUGACACAUGGAGCAUAGUCGCCUGAUUCCUACAAAUUCUGAAAAGUAUUCCCUCAAUCCUGUUUUAUUCAACCCUUCCAAGGAAAUAAAAGGACUACUGCACUUUUUAUGGAUGCUUCUCCUUUCCAGCCUUGAGAGGGGGGGGAAUGGCACUGAAUAAAAUAGCUGUGAUACUGUGUGUGUUUCUGGUCUGCACAGGGUAGCCUUACUGAGGCAGUUGUCAUGGUUUUUUGCAAUCGCAACCUCUUCAGCAAACCUGCAGUGUAAAUCACAGUGCUGUUAUAACCUACUGAGGGAGUGCAAAUGCGGCGUAAUGACUUUAUUUUAUCAUAUGCAAAGUAUAUUUUAAAAAAAAAAGUUAUUUUGGUAAAUGAAAUGGCUUGAAAGUGUUUUCACAUUAAAUAUUCAUUUUGAUAUUUUUUUCUUAUUUAAAAAAAAAAAAAAAAAAAAUACCAAAACAAUAUUUUGUGAUAUUAGAAUGUGUAGAAAAUAAUGAAAAGAAGUGUAGAUCUGUUUUUAAUCUUUUACAUUUUCCUUGGAAUCUAACUAAUGUCUGCUGUUUAGAUUUGCUUUUGAAACCAACAAAUUCAACUAUUAAAAUGUUUAAAUUUAGAUAACUCCAAAAAAGGGAAGUGUGAAUUGGAGGCACUGUUUGGUAGUUUAUCCCAAUGAGCAUCAUUAAGCUGUUGAGUCUGUACAAGUGGCUAAUGUUACAUGCAAGUACAGCGUGUUACUUUUGUGUGAAAUACUGGGACAGUAUACUUUCAUUAGUUUAAAUCUAAACAGUGGUUAAUUGAAUGGCAUGUUCUGUACAGAGUGUAAUAAGCACUUUCUUAACAAUAAUAAUAAUUGGCCAAAUUUGUUUUUAUAAAAAAGUGUUUUUUCAUUCCGGAGUGCUUAACAGUGCAUGAGGUCUAUUCAAUUGAGCCAAAUGCAGCGGAUCUAAACCCCAUAGUUUUAAGUCAUCAUUAGACAGGGACUUUGACAUAACAAAAUCUCUAGUAGUGCCUCUUUAAGUUUAUUUUUGUCUUUUAAAAAUAGAUGAAAUGACAUAUUUUGCCCUAAUUUGAAUCUCAAAAUAGUGGCAGUUUUUAGAUCUGUUACUGUUUGCUCAAUUGAGUAGAUCCCCAUGUGAGUUUCUUACUAUGUUAAUAAAGGGAUCAUGCAAACUGGUGCAGAAGACAAAAAAAAAAUAAUUUAACUUACACACUUUGUAAUGGGCCAGAUCUAAUAAACACAAAGGGCAAUUUUGCACAGUUUAAUUUUGCUUUAACAACACCCAAUAAAUGCAGGGCUGAAGCGUUUGUAUUGUUUACUAGGUUAGUAUUCGAAGGCCCCCCCACCCCCUCCCCUCUCAGAUGACCUUCAUACACGUUGACCUGGUCCAGUGUGUGUCCAGGUGCAGCACCCUCAGCAGAGUUCUGUUACUGUCAGUGCAGCUAAUAUACCUCCCUCAAAUACAAGGGACAUGCUUUGGGUUGUUGGGUUCAUCCUUUGACAUGCAGAAAAAGAAUCCUUCAAAACUGUAAAGGAGCCUCCCAAUCUGUUAGGAAAUAGGAGGCUGCAAUUGAGGGUUCUCGCAUAACUUGACUUCCAGAAUGUUUGGAUUCACUCAGUUUUUCUCAGAUAUCAUGGAAAAAUACAGUAAAGUUGCCUGAAGAAAACUGUGGGAGUUUCAGGUUAUUCCAAUACACCACCCAAACUAGAGCGCUGUUAAUGGUUUGGAUUUAUGUAAAUAAAAAAAAUUUAAAAAACAAGGUAGGUAGUUUUUAAUAGUCCAGAAAUAGUGACAUGAAAAAAACAUAACAAAACACAACUAUAAUGAAAAGCAUUUGACUAUACAGGAUAUCCAAUUCUGUAACAGCUCUCCCAAAUGAGUUUUUAUAUUUCUUUAUGAAACUUUUAAAUGAAAAUGAAUAAAGUUUUGUUUAUUAUUUAGAGUGUAACCCAGUUUUAAUUAUUUGAGUAUUUGCAGGUUGUGCUUUAAUACUGUACUGAAUCUAAUGUGGGUCCAGCUACUGAAUAAAAAUAACAAUAAUCACUGUGUCUAUCUGUAUCGUAUAAUAAUAAACUGUACAUUCCAAACAAAGG